AGGUGCGGAAACGUCAUCACUGCGCGACAGAUGUAAAGUUGUGUGGGUUUUGCCUGACACUGAUUUCCCAGCAAUUUGGCUCCUCAGGAUCUGGGUGGCUUAUGUGGGUCUUCGAGUAGUUCCCGACCAGCGGGCAGCGGCGGCCCGGCAAGAGUCCUUCGCUCCUGGGUGGCCCACGCCCAGCUCUGUGUCGCUAAGAUGAGCGCUCACCCUUUUGACCGUGAACGUAGAGUCCGGAGCACGUUGAAGAAGGUCUUUGGGUUUGACUCUUUUAAGACACCUUUACAGGAGAGUGCGACCAUGGCUGUAGUGAGAGGUGACAAGGAUGUCUUUGUGUGCAUGCCCACGGGGGCAGGAAAAUCCCUCUGCUAUCAGCUUCCUGCUCUGUUGGCCAAAGGCAUCACCAUCGUAGUCUCUCCACUCAUUGCUUUGAUUCAGGACCAGGUGGACCACUUGCUGGCCCUGAAGGUACGAGUGAGUUCCCUGAACUCCAAGCUCUCAGCACAGGAGAAAAAGGAGCUGCUUUCUGAUCUAGAGCGAGAAAAGCCACAGACCAAACUUCUGUACAUCACACCAGAGAUGGCAGCCUCACCCUCCUUCCAGCCCACCCUGAACUCACUGGUGUCCCGCCACCUGCUCUCCUACCUGGUGGUGGAUGAAGCUCAUUGUGUUUCUCAGUGGGGGCACGACUUCCGUCCUGACUACUUGCGUCUAGGUACCCUCCGUUCCCGCCUGGCACAUGCCCCAUGUAUAGCUCUGACCGCCACAGCCACUCUCCAAGUCCAAGAGGAUGUGUUUGCUGCCCUCCACCUGAAGCAACCAGUUGCCACCUUCAAGACUCCCUGCUUCCGGGCCAACCUCUUCUAUGAUGUGCAGUUCAAAGAACUGCUUUCUGAUCCCUAUGGGAACCUGAGGGACUUCUGCCUUAAGGCUCUUGGACAGAAGGCUGAUAAAGGGUUGCUGUCUGGCUGUGGCAUUGUUUACUGCAGGACCAGAGAGGCUUGUGAACAGCUGGCAACAGAGCUCAGUUACAGAGGUGUGAAUGCCAAGGCUUACCACGCAGGGCUGAAGGCUUCUGAAAGAACGCUGGUGCAGAAUGAGUGGAUGGAGGAGAAGGUGCCUGUCAUUGUUGCAACCAUUAGUUUUGGGAUGGGAGUGGACAAAGCCAAUGUCAGGUUUGUCGCCCACUGGAAUAUUGCCAAGUCUAUGGCUGGGUAUUAUCAAGAGUCUGGCCGGGCAGGCAGAGACGGGAAGCCUUCCUGGUGCCGUCUCUAUUACUCCAGGAAUGAUCGGGACCAAGUCAGUUUCCUGAUCAGGAAGGAAGUAGCAAAACUCCAGGAAAAGAGAGGGAACAAAGCAUCUGAUAAAGCUGCUAUCUUGGCCUUUGAUGCCCUGGUCACCUUCUGUGAAGAAUUGGGGUGCCGCCAUGCUGCCAUUGCCAAGUACUUUGGGGAUGCGCCCCCUGCCUGCACCAAGGGCUGUGACCACUGCCGGGACCCUGCAGCCCUGCGGAAGCGACUGGAUGCCUUGGAGCACAGCAGCAGCUGGAAUAAGACUUGCAUCGGGCCUUCCCAGGGGAAUGGCUUUGACCCUGAGCUGUAUGAGGGAGGCCGUCGGGGCUAUGGGGGCUUCAGCAGGUAUGAUGAAGGUUCUGGAGGCAGUGGGGACGAGGGCAGAGACGAGGCCCACAAGCGGGAAUGGAAUCUCUUCUACCAGAAACAGAUGAGCCUACGCAAGGGCAAAGACCCCAAGAUAGAAGAAUUUGUACCUCCAGAUGAGGACUGUCCCCUGAAGGAGGCUUCUAGCAGGAAGAUCCCCAGACUCACUGUGAAGGCCCGUGAGCACUGCCUGGGGCUUCUGGAGGAGGCUCUGAGCAGUAACUGCCAGGCCACAAGUACCACCCAUGGCCCUGAUCUCCAGGCCAAGGCUGUGGAGCUGGAACAUGAGAUGUUCCGAAAUGCCAAGAUGGCCAACCUGUACAAGGCCAGCGUGCUGAAGAAGGUGGCUGAGAUCCACAGAGCCUCCAAGGAUGGGCAGCUCUACGAUGUGGGAAGCAAUACCAGGAGUUGCAGCAUGCAUGCCCAGCCCCCAGAGCCCACUGAGUAUGACAUCCGGCCAGCCUCCCAGGUGUACUCGAACCUUCUCUUCUCUUCACAGCUCAAACCUAAGCGGGUGGGAGCUGGUUUCCCCAGGGGCUCCUGCCCAUUUCAGACAGCCACUGAGCUGAUGGAGAAGACUCAGGCCGAGGAGCGAGCCCCCCAGCCUGUGCAGGAAGGUAAGCGAGAGCCCCCCAGCCAGCCUUGUGGCCUCCAGGAUGAGGACUGCAGCAAGGCCCUCCCUGGGCCCAGAGCAGAGGCUCCUGGAAGCAGUUUUCAUUGUGGAGGAUCCUCCCCUGAGAAGACGGGGAAAAGCCCCUCCAAGGGUGGUCCCCUUGCCAAGGCCCGGGCCAGUAAGAAGCAGCAGCUCCUAGCCGCAGCGGCCCUCAAGGAUUCUCAGAACAUCACCCGCUUCUGCCUAAGGGCCAAGAGCCCGUCUCCCCUCACCUCAGCCCCAGGGGCGGAAGAUGCCGGCCCUGGCCCUUCGUGUGAGGGAAUGCGGGGACCCCCAGCAGCCCCAGAGAAGUGCGCAGGGGAGGAGGAUGGAGCCCUGGGGUGUUUGGCUGCGCACCCCCAGACCAAGGAGUGUACCAGGGAGAGGCCAAGAGCCUACACACUUGGAGACCAGGGGUCCCCUGAAGGCCAGCCCAUCCCCACAGAGGAGACCCCCAGGGGCAAGCGGCCCAGACCCCAGCAGGAGAACCUAGAGAAACAGACUCAGAAGAGGCCUCGCCCCUCAGCCAAUGCCUCCGUCUUAGCUGAGGCCAAGGACGGCAUCCCGGCCUGGAAUCAGGACACCUUGAACCCCACGGCCCAAGGCUCCUGCCUUCUCCCAGCCCCUGGCAUCUCUCUUAAGGAGGCUGCAAACGUUGUGGUCAAAUGCCUGACCCCUUUCUACAAGGAGGGCAAGUUUGCAUCCAAGGAAUUGUUUAAAGCCUUCGCCCGCCACCUCUCACACUCGCUGACUCAGAAGGCCUCUCCUGGAAGGAGCGUGAAGGAAGAGGCCCAGACUUUCAUCAAGCAGUUUUUUCACGGUCGGGCCCGGUGCGAGAGCGAAGCUGACUGGCAUGGCCUGUGUGACCCACAGAGAUGACCAGCUACUGCCCACCAGGGCCAGAGUGCUUCCCAAGCCUCAGCUGUAGGAAAGCCUGCAGCUGUCGGGGCGUCAUUUUCCUCAGGAUCCAUACCUUGCUUUGGAGACGGCCCUAGACUCUUUCCAGAUCGAGGCAAGAGGCCAGCCACUCUGCCUGCAAGGUCUCGGGUCAUCUUCUCCUUGCUUCCCUACCUCUCUGGGCUGGGUUUUCUGAACCAGAUCACCAGAUUAGAAGGGGUUGGGGUGGGGUGGCCGCUGCCAGGGGAACAGGAGGAAGGAGUGGUCUGUGUACCGCUUGUACUUAACAAAUUGUAGACCAGGCCAAGGCCCCCUGUCCAAGGCUUUGGGCUAUCUCAGGAAGAGCCCUGCUGGCCUCGGGUCCUUGACCCACUACCCCUUUCCCUGGUGAUGCCAGCUUCAAGCCUGGCCCCAGGUGCAGAGCUCGGGAGGAGGGCAGCAGCCAGGCCUUGCUCUCUGCUCAGUUCCUGGGUCAGGAAGGCCGAGCCGGCCAGAGAUUCAGCAGAGAAAUAAAAUCCUCUUGGUUUUGACACACACACCACAUCCCCAAA